AACCUGUACAUACACUAAACUUGAACUAGUGCCUGACUUUGGGAUUAGAGGGAUCACAGAGGACUUUGGCUGGUUAUUUUUCAGCUGGAAGUUGUAAAUCUUUGGACUUUAUUAUCUGCAGCAGCAUAAGAUUCGACACCAAAGAUACAUGAGAUCCUCGAAGGCCAAAGCACUCUUAAGUGCCAUCCGGGAAGACUAUGAGAGGGCAAAGAAGAAGAAAAUGGAUCCUCAAGGUCCAAUCAGUCGUAGAUGGAACAAUAUUUUCUUAGUAGCAUGUUUAAUUUCUUUGUUUGCCGACCCCAUGUUCUUUUACUUGCCUGUAGUCAAAGAAAAUCUUUGCAUCGAUACUGGCACAACCCUUGAAGUGAUUCUUACUAUUGUCAGGUCACUUAAUGAUGCCUUUUACAUGAUUCAAAUAUAUGUAAGGUUUCGUACAGCUUAUGAGGCACCUUCUUCCCGUGUCUUCUGGCGAGGAGAACUAGUUACUGACUACUGGCUGAUAGCCAAGAAGUAUUUAUUUAAAGAUUUUUGGAUUGAUUUGAUUGCUUCACUGCCCCUUCCUCAGGUACUAAUUUGGAUUGUUAUACCAAGCUUGAGUGGUUCAACAAUGGCCAACACGAGAGAUGUCCUUAAAUUCAUUAUCAUUUUCCAGUACCUCCCCAGACUAUUUCUUAUAUUAUUUCCAUUAUCAGCUAAAAUUGCCGAAGUCACAGGUUCUGUGACAGAAACAGCAUGGGCAGGAGCCGCGUACAACUUGUUGCUCUAUAUGUUAGCUAGUCAUUUUGUAGGAGCUUGCUGGUAUCUUCUAUCUAUUGACAGACAAGAAGCAUGCUGGAGAAGCGUUUGCAAUCUCAGUGAAUUAUGUAAAAAUGAUUACUUUGAUUGCCACAAGGCUAACGAUGCUGUAAGAAGUAAUUGGUUCAAGUCGAGCAAAAUCAAGUCUAUAUGCAAUCCAAGAGCCAGCUCUUAUCCAUUUGGUAUCUAUGGCGAUGCAGUGACCAAAUAUGUUACAACUUCGCGAUUCUGUAACAAAUAUUUUUAUUGCCUUUGGUGGGGCUUGAGGAACCUCAGUUCUCUGGGGCAAGGUCUUGGUACAACCACGUAUGCCGGGGAAAUAUGUUUUGCUGUUAUCAUUGCAGUUCUGGGAUUACUUCUCUUCGCGUUGCUUAUUGGAAAUAUGCAAACAUAUCUCCAGUCAACCACAGUUCGAUUAGAGGAAUGGAGAAUGAAGAAAACAGAUACAGAACAAUGGAUGCGUCGGAGGCAACUGCCUGAGGACUUGAGACAGCGUGUUAGGAAAUACAACCAGUAUAAGUGGGUUGCUCUUCGAGGAGUCGAUGAAGAGGCUCUUCUGAAAGAUCUCCCACCGGAUCUUAGGAGAGAUAUAAAACGACACUUUUGUUACGAUCUUGUUCGACGGGUUCCACUGUUUGAUCAAAUGGAUGAAUUAAUGCUAGAAGCCAUAUGUCUGAGGCUCAAGCCUGUCCUGUUCACCAAACACACUUUCCUAGUGUACGAGGGAGGACUCGUUGAUGAAAUGUUGUUUAUAAUCCGAGGGAAGCUUCUUUCUUGCACAACAAAUGGUGGUCAGAGUGGCUUCUUUCAUUCUUUUGGUAUUGGUCCGGGAGAUUUGUGUGGGGAAGAAUUGCUAACAUGGGCCUUUGAUCCUCGUCCAAGUGUCAUUCGUCCGUCAGCCACUCACUCAGUACAAGCCACUUCUGAAGUUGAAGCCUUUGCUCUCAUAGCUGAAGACUUAAAAGUUGUUGCCUCCCGAUUUGGAAGACUACACAGCAAACAGCUUAGGCCAAAACUCCGACAUUCUCACCAGUGGCGAACGUGGGCUGCAUGCAUUGUACAAGCAGCAUGGCGUAGCUACAGAAUACAGAAAAUAACUGCUGAACUCAAAGCUAAAGAAUCCCUGCGGACUGUAGCAGCUCUGACAGAAGAUAUGAAAGUACAUUCAGACAAAAAUGUGCCCUCGCCCUCAUCCGGAUUCUCAAUAUGUGUGCAGCAAGGUUGACAGUGGAAGCAGAAGGAUCAAGUCCUGGUGUUGACCCAUUGCAGAAGCCAGAAAUGACUAGACUAUGUAAGGGCCAAAAUGAAACUACUCCAUGUUGCUGCAAUCCUUAAUACAGUAUGGUCAAAGCAUGCAGAUGGGCUUAUUUAGUAAACAAUGUGUUUAACUUAAGUCGACAUUUUGAUCGUAUUGACUUUAUAAUAUGAGUCACUUGUUCAAAAAUUAUAUAAGAAUUUUCAUUAUCUAUUUUUAUUUCCACAA